UCACGCGGCUUUUCUUCUUUCCAGUCUCACACUCCGAGUUUUCUCUCUCUGAUGAUGAUGGAGAAGACCCAAGACUGGACCAACGAAUCCAUGCGCCGCCUCCGGCCAUCGCCGGCGCCGGUGCCGGCGUCGGCGUCUGGAAAGCCGCCGCCUUUGUUCGACCCAUCGUCGCUCAAUGCUGUUGAUGCUGCUGCUGGAACGCAACCUCGCGGCCCGUUCCGAGGCUUCUCGCCGACCUUCAGCCCGGAUUCCGGCAAACGGCCUGGCAUUCCGCCGUUGUCGCCCUUCUCCACCGCACGUUCUCCGCCUGGAUCUCAAUUCUUCAACCCCGGCGCUUGCCAUUCGAGGUCUCUCUCGCAGCCGGCUUUCUUCUCUCUCGAUUCCUUGCCUUUUUUCACACCUCCACCAAACCCUAGCGCCGGAGAUGUGGUGAUGGAGGAGAGAGAGAGCUCAUCACACGCACCAACGAUUCCGCCGGUGCCACCAGGGGCGAUGCCUCCGCGCAAGGCUCAUCGGCGGUCGCAGAGUGACAUCCCCUUCGCGUUCCCUCUGUCAAAUGCCGCUAUUCCUCCGAUACCACAACGAUCCGCUGCGCCGAACCAGUUGGUGAAGCAGGAGUGGGAGUGGGAGCGUGAUGGCGAGAGCAGCGCUGAAGGGAUUGGAGAUCGAAAGUCGGAAGGAGAACCCGGGGAUGAUCUCUUCAAUGCGUUCAUGAAUCUUGAUACUCUGGACACUCUGAACUCAUCUGGGACUGAGGAACGGCGUGAGGAUUUGGAUAGCAGGGCUAGUGUGACGAGGACUAAUGGAGCUGAUAGUAGUGAGAAUGAAGCAGAGAGCAGCAGUGGAACUAGUUCCAGCAUUCAACCCAAGUUGAUGCCUUGCUCAUCAAUGGAGAAGAAGGAAGGAUUGAAGAGGGCUGCAGCUGGGGAUCCAGCACCCAUUAGUGUGAGUUCACGCCAUUGUAGGAGUGUCUCUAUGGAUAGUUUCAUGGGAAAGUUGAAUUUUGAGGAUGAGUCUCCAAAGUUGCCACCUUCUCCUGGAAUGAGGCCAAGGCAACACUCUCAUAGCAAUUCAAUGGAUGGGACUAUGAAUGAGUUUAGCUUGGAGUUUGGAAAUGGGGAGUUUAGUGGGGCUGAAUUGAAGAAGAUUAUGGCUAAUGAGAAAUUGCAGGAGAUUGCAAUGGCAGAUCCAAAACGUGCAAAGAGGAUAUUGGCCAACCGGCAGUCGGCUGCUCGAUCAAAGGAGCGGAAGAUGCGGUAUAUCUCAGAAUUGGAGCAUAAAGUCCAGACAUUGCAGACAGAAGCCACCACAUUGUCAGCGCAGCUGACUAUGUUACAGAGGGACUCAGCUGGGCUUAAUAGUCAGAACAAUGAGUUGAAGUUUCGCCUUCAGGCAAUGGAGCAACAGGCUCAACUAAGAGACGCACUCAAUGAAGCAUUGACUGCAGAGGUACAGCGCCUGAAAAUAGUUACGGCGGAGCUUGGUGAUCCUCAUCAUCCAAACAACUUGAAUCAGCAAAUGCAUAUUAACUCUCAGUUGUUUCAGCUACCUCAACUGCAGAAAUCACCUCACCAGCAGCAACAACAAUCCACACCAUCCCCGCUCUAUCAUCAACAGCAGAAGCAGGAAGAAGAUGAUUCUAGCUCAAAGAAUGAAUCAAUCAAAUGAGAAUAUGAGUGUUUACAAGCUGAAGUCAUUGUUCAAAAAAUUGACAGAUAGUUUGGAUUUCGGUUUUGUUUGAGUUCUAUUUGGGUAUUUUAUUAAGUAAAGCCUAAUUAUCAUAUUAAGCUUUGAAAAGAAAAAAAUAUCAGCUAAGGCAGUGUCUUUAUUCUUUUAAACUAUAUCAUUUGUUGUUGUUGUUGUUGUUGUUGGCGUUGUUGUUUUGUAACUAAUAUGUUCAAUAUGUUGUAAAAGAACCGGUUUAAGU